AUGUCUAGUAAACGAAAUUUAUCAAAUGAAGAGAGGAACAACAUUGGACAGUGGCUCUUACAACACAGCAGAGAAGGAAAUCUGAUUCAUGGAGCAAAAAAGGAGGCGACACAAAAGUUCCUAGUUGAUGUCAAGACAAUCUGGCGCAUUUGGAAAUCAGCAGCUGCUCAACAAGCUUUGGGAAGACCUAUUAAUGUGAUUUCAAUGAAGAAGGGAUCAAAACAUGCAGACAAAAAGGUACUUGAUGUAGAGAGAAUUAAAACAUUGUCAGUUUUAGAGAGAUCUUCCCUCAUAAUCAUGUCAAGCAAGAUAGGUGUGAGUAAGAGCUUGAUCCAUCUGUGGGUUAAGGAAAAUAAGUUAAAGCCACACAUUAAUGCAAUCAAGCCAUUCCUCACACCCCAAAAUAUGCUGUGUAGGCUUAGAUGGAGCCUAUGUCAGCUCAAUCCAUUAAGUGAAGGUGGAAAAUUCAGAUUUCAGACAAUGUAUAACAUAAUACAUGUAGAUGAAAAGUGGUUUAAUUUGACUAAGACAAGUGGCAGAUAUUACCUUUUACCAAAUGAGAUAGAGCCAUAUAGGACAUGCAAAUCAAAAAGACACAUUGAGAAAAUCAUGUUCUUAGCUGCUGUUUCAAGACCAAUAUUCGAUAGCAAUGGAAAUUGCAUUUUUGAUGGCAAAAUUGGUAUAUUUCCAUUCAUAACUGAGGAGCCAGCUCAAAUAAACUCUAAGAACAGAUUGAAACGCACCAUAGAAACAAAACCAAUUCAAGCUAUCACAAGAGCAAUCACGAAGGAUUGCUUCACCAAUCAAGAUAAUGUUAAACCACAUACAAAGGGGGAUGAUCCAGAUUUCAUACAAGCUGCCACCUCUGAUGGAUUCAACAUUCAACUAAUUUGUCAACCAGCAAACUCUCCGGAUACUAAUGUCAACUAUCUAGGAUUUUUUAGGGCUACACAAUCACUGAAAGAUAAGAAGCCAGCUAAUGGGGUAGAAGACUUGCUCAAGAAUGUGAAAGAUGCAUUUGAUGAGUAUCCACCAACAAAGAUAAACCAUGUGUUUCUAUCAUUGCAAGGGUGCUACAUAGAGACUAUGAAAAUUUAG